UUUGUGUUUCUGUUGGGGUUUCUUGUUUUUUAGUUUUGUAUAGUGAUAGUCCCAGCAGAACAAUAAAGUUUUAUUUUUGAAUUCUUUUUAAAAAUAUAUGUGGUCCAGAAGGUAGGGAAACACACUUCUCCCCUACAUAUUUUGCACAUGAAUUUUAGAGUUUGUCAGGGCUUUUUUAUUAAGAAAAUCAGAUGUUUGUGACAUAUGAAGUGUUUGAAAUGUUUACUUGUGGAAGCUACUGCAUUGUAUAAAAAAACUGGACAGUGACGAUGCACGCUUUUUCACGCAAUACAACUCUUCUCAGCAUUUAAAAAAAGUUAUUUGUGACCUAGCAAGGAGCGUGGGUGGCAGCAUCAGGCAUGAAAUUUGAUGUUUUUGCUCUCAAAGAAAUUGUUUAUCCAGCUAAACAAUAUUGGCGAGGUAGGCGAGAGAAGGCUUAGCAGGGCUUUUCUUCUCUAGUCUGUGACCAGUUCAGUAGUCACAUUCACCCUAACUUUCUUCUUACGCUGUAUCUAGAAACAUACUUUUAGAUACUCUACAAUGUCACACAUUUUUUUGCAAAAGUUUUAUGGGGGGAAAGCGUCAUGUUUGCGUUGACUAGAGAGGCCUUGGACGAGUGUUAGUCUUCAUCAGGCUCUGGCAGUCUAAGAUAGGGGUGAGUCAAGCCAGCGCAUUGUAAUUCCAGUGUUGUGAAAAAUGUGUUGGAUUGAAACCCUCAUCAGAGGUAAGUGAAUCCAUAUAUUUACUUCUACCAGCUGGGGUAGACGUCAGUAUACCAAACUAGAUUCAAAACUACAGAUUUAGCAAAAAUUUCACACAUUCCCUGAAGGUUCAGAAAGCUACUUCCUCCAAACACAUUAAAAAAGACUGUGUGACUACUCGUAGAGGAGAGUGUAGAACUUGACCGAAACAUUACUUUCAUUAGCCUUUAAUACUCAGGUAAUGAUGACAGUUGGUGCUAUUUUCAUUAAUUUGGUCUGAAAGUGUUCUUCAGACUGUUUGUAUUAUAAGAGUGGCUUCAGUUACUGUAUACCUAAAGGUUUUACAUCUUAACUGGCUUAUUAUGAAUCGCUUUACUUUUGUUGUCAAGCAGAAAUGACGAUAGAAGAUGUAGCAGGCAGCAAAGAUUCACAAACAGCUGAUUCCAGCUCUAACCAAUGCUAACAGGGAGUAGCUAUGAUGCUGCUAAACCAUAGACUGUAUAAACUAUGGACAACUUGGUUCCGCCUUCUGCCACAAUAUAGAUUUGAAGCUGAAAAGCUCUUGGUAAUUUUGUGUUUUUUCUCCACUUCUUGAAACCAACAUUUUGCAGUAGUGUACGCACUCCGCCACUUGCGUAGUAGCAUUGUACACAUUCGGCGGGAGAGUCGCUGUGAUGACGUUCAGCUCAAACAGUGUAUCCCCUUGUGAGCAAAGCAAUCUUGUACGCCCAUGGGCUGUAUCAAGUGUCAAUCAUAGAAAACAUGAACCCCCUAAUAACUUUUAAAAAUGGAGCUGUGCAGAAAAAAAGAGGACCUGAGCACAGACCAAGCUUACAAUAACUACAUGUCAACAUCGCAAGCAUGGGGGAGAACAUUUUAUAUUCUGUGUAAUAAAUUUCUAAAGUUUGUCCACAGCUCUCUUACUCUCUCUCUCGGGGUGGCUUGACCUAGGGAGGAGCAGACACUGUCCAUUCUAUAUACAGUCUAUGUGCCAGACACAGAGGGUGAAGACAUUGAGGAACAGGAUAAAGAGGAGGGUUGUCUGCAUCAACUGCCUCAAUGUUAUCGGACUAUUAUUUUCUUUCUGUGUGAGAUUAUCUGUGAAAAAUGGUUGACUAGGAUUCAUCAGUUUUAGUAUAACGCUCUCCUACAGUGCUGCAUGCACCUUGGUCGAGUUUUUUACUGUUGUGUUCAAUCAGACUGACUGCUGGAUAUGAGAAAAGUGAGUCAUGAACGAGUCAAAGGUCAACCAGGUAGUUGUUCAUUUGUUUACAGAGCUUUGACCUGAUCAGGUCAACCAAUCAGGUCCAGUGUAGAACUUCUCAAUAAACUGUGCUGCAUGUCAAAGGUUAUACAAAUGGCAAACAGUGAUUCAGUUUUUAUGAAGGACAUGUUACCAGUUUAUUUAAUAGUUAUUGAAUCCAGACUUACGAGUUGCAUGGAAAAAAAUACUAAAACAUCUUCAUUCUUAAAAUCUUGUCACUGACCUGGACUUUCCUCCUCUCUUGUCUAUUCAGGCCUUGUGUUGGAAUCCUCACAGCCCCUCCCGAGGAUCAGUCGUGGUUCUGUGUUAAAUGUUCCAGCAAGAAGAAGGACAAAAAACACAAGAAAAGGAAACACAAACCGCAUUGAGACUAUGCAAAAAGCACAUACCUUGGACUCUAUAUAUUUUUUGGACUUAAAGCCAUCACUGAACACUUGUGGCACUGCUGUAAAAUGAAAAGUUUAAAACUGUGGCUGAUGCUAACCUGAUGAUUUUUCUAAUGACAUCAGCCAAGAUGAUUUGUGAGUUGGAAAGAAGAAAAAAAAAAAGGCUUUAACCAGCACAUAACCAGCCUUAGCUCUCACGUGGGGCUCUGUGGUUUCCCCCUUUCACCUGUAAACUGUUUGCUUAUUUUUGUCGUCUGGUGGUUUCAGAUCACAAUUAUAUUUGUAUGAACUGACCAUGACAACAUGUCAAAGCUUGACAAAGCAGAUCCAGAGAACAACCAACAUCCACCCAACAUCCACUGUCUUUAUUUCUGUCCCUUUUGUUCGCCACCAGAGGAACGACCUCACGUUUUUUGCAGUAUCAUGGAAAUGUCAUGUAAAUAAUGAUGAUGGCGUCAGGUGUGUAUAAAUGUGUCAAUAUCAACUUCCAAGCCAAGUGCAUUUUGUUCUUAGGACUCUGACAUAAAUCCAUUUCAGAUAUUGGUUUUUAACUCAAAUGAUUUUCUGUAAUUUCUGUAUAUUUUUUAAAUUUAAAGUUUGUAUUUUAAUUUUUUCUUCAUAUGGAUUUUUCCUGGAGUUAUACUGUAGCUGUGCUUGUAAUGUGAUUCAUUUUGCUGAUAUUUCAAUAUUAAAGAUGAACAGUCUGUGUACGCACAGACUUUAAGAUGUAAAUCUCAUUACCAUCAGAACUGUAUCUACAUUUUCUUUAUUGAAUUGUAAAUCUGAACAAACGUUUGUUCACCCCAGCCUCCUUGUCCCCCAUUUUCUGCCUUUUUGCAUGAAGUACAGAUUAGAAUACUAUUACAAAACCAGUUGCAGAUGUUGACGUCUCUUCUUGCACACAAACAUUAUUCAAGUACAGAAACCCCCUUUUUGCAGCAGUCUGUGUGAUGCAUUAUCCUAGACUGAGAGAGAAAUGUGGGAGAGCUCAACUGUGGGGUGUGUAGGACUGAUUUUUUUGUCUAAAAAUGUCUCCUAUCUGCAAUGGAGUUGUUUUUGCUUUUCCUUCGCUGGCCACAUGGGGUCAUUAUUCAUGCACAAACACUGUGGUAUACCGCACAUGACUGAAAAUGUAUAGACACUCAGAAGGGUCAGGAAAAAAAAACAUCUUUAGGAGUGUAACAGGUGCGUCUUUGUUGAUGCCUGUAGAAUCUUUAUUAUGUAAAGUAUGCCUUUGAGUUAAAGGUGCUGCAGAAAUGCCAUGUUCAAUGAAAAAAACUAUAAGUGACAGCAAAAAUGAUUUACAGCCCAUCAGGAGCUAUUUGGAUUUUUCUUAGAGAAGAAUGCACCAUAAAACUAUUCAGUGUACCUCCCUAGCUGACAGCCGACCAUCCUCUUUAAUAAUGCAGGUUCUUACAUGCCUGCUCUACCUUAGUUUUGCUACUCACAACAAGAACACAACUGUGGUAUUUAUAGUCGAGGGUUUUAUUCCCAGUCAAUACAUUGAACUCUGACAUAUCUGGAUGUUUAUUUGAUUCUUUUCAGUCAGAAGACUGCUGGCUUUCUGCAGAGGUCUAGUUGGUUUAUAUUCCAGCAUAUCAAACGUCUAUUUUGGUGCAAAACCAUUGAAAGAUUCAUAACCAGUAGCAGUGCUUUAAAAUCAAUCCUUUGGCGGGGUGUGCUGUGCAGAGCAGCAGCGUUCUGAAUGAAUCAGAGCCAUUAAAGUUUACCCUACUUGUGGUCAAAGUAUUGAUCAGUUUCACUCAGUCUUGUGCUAUCAAAAUAUUUUGGGGUGGUAGUAGUCCGAUUGCUGUUAAAUGUAGGUCUGCAUACAAGACUGCACCAGCGUCUCCACAAAAACGGAUUUUAGUUUACUCCAAGUGUGUGUUGAUACCAUGUAAUGCAGGCACACCCGCUCACUGACCUGUCUAGUGUCUAUAUUUGGUGAGUAAAGUCACAGAGACUUAUUCAGUAGUGUGCUCCAUUAGAUUUAUAUCAUCGAUUUAAGCUAGGGAGCCCACCUGACUCAUUCACUUUCUCGAGUCCUAAAAUAUUCCUUCUCCUUAUUCAACUAUCUUAUUCUCUCUUUUGAGAGUCUAGUCCGUAGAUGGCCCUGAUGGAAAUCUACUUUGUCUUCCGAUAACACUAAAUCGAAGGGGAAGUGGAAAAAAUGAUGUGUGACCUCCGUAAAAGGGGAAGUAAAAUGACUUCUGCCCAUGCAAAACAAGCUGACAUUUCACUGUGGUGUAGCUCUUUAUCAUACGAAAUGCAGUCGCUCAUGCAUGUCUACUUUGGAUGGACAGAAUUAGACAGGGAGAGUCUGUUAAAUCAGAAAGAAAGCACCAUGGUGAAAUAUUCAUUUUCAAGUAUAUGUUAGAUUUUAGACAAUGUUAUAGUGAAGAAAAAGAGGAGAUUUAGUGUGUAUUAAAAUGUCACGGUGGUCAUAGACAGGAGUAUCCCCAGCUGAGCAGAGUGUAAUGUGCGAACUCCACUCAUGGGCCUCUCUCGCUGUGUCAGUCGCUCUUCAAUCACACAUGCUGGUGUCAGGUCACGUACAGUCAAAGCUUGCUGCUAGCAUCUGUUGGAUCAUAAAUUUUCCCACCCGGUGACGGUAAAGAGGGAGCUGGCACACUGGCAAGAAAAAGGAUUAUGUCUUCAUCUCUUAUUAGGUAAAAAUAUUCUCACCUUACCCUGAUCCAUCAAACUCCACACUUAAGGGCUAUAUGAUACUGUUGUUGCUUUAUCAAAUGUGCUGAUGAUCCGUAAGUGUUUUUUAAAAAGAUAACUUGACACACAGAUAUUUUAAAAGGAUUUGUCCCUAAAGACAUUCUUCACAUGUUUCUUUUGUCCACUAUAUCAAUCUAACUUCUUCAAUGUCAUAUCUUUACUACACACCAAAGAGCACAAUGUGCACCGAGCUGGAACAGUUUCAGGUUUCACCCACAAAAACACAGACAGUAUCUGUUUGUGCUAUCAGUCCCACGGGAGCUCACAAGGGUUAAAAAAGAGAAAGCUGGUGGUUGCUUUCACUCAUCAUGAGAACACCUGCAGUGCUGUUAUUUGACUGAUUACAAGACACACUUGAAAGAACACGAAGACAAACUCAUACUACUUUCUCUUUUAGUGUGAACGUGAACAAGACUGCGUUUCUCUCCACAACCUAAAGCUUUAACAAGUCCACAUCACAGGGCAUAUUUUGUUCUGUUUUAAAAUUGUGAUUUCAUCUCUGGAAUAUCUUUUUCACAUGAACUCUCCAGUGCAAAGCAGUAAUAUGUAGCCCCAUAUUAUCGUACUGAGCAUUUUUUGCACUCUGACAUGUUGGUAGAUCAGAGCAGGAAGAGAGACCUUCGCUUACUCAGUGCUCUGCAUGGCGCCUGUGGCACUGGCAGUCAUACUAAGCAGCAACACACCAUAAAGAACUGGAUUUCAACAUCAGUGUUUAAAAUAUUCAUGUCAGAAGUGAGAGCGGGGCUGAAAUGAAGAGGAUUUUGUGCAACGAACAGAGGAAGUAGGGCCCCGCUCUUCUUAGCUAUGAUACCCACACACACUGACACGACCCUGUUUCAGACGACUUUCCUGCUUAAUGUCACAUCACUUUAACAGGAAGCAACACCUAUGGGAGAAUGAGACCCAGAUAUAAACCCUCCUGGGCUUUGUGCGAAUAAUAUCGUGAUAAGAUUCUUUAAAAUUUAAAUUGGGUUGCAUAAGGAUGGGAAAAUAUGCUUCAAGUGUUUGACAUGAGAGAGCGUGUUUUAUAUUGUUCAGCAGACUAAAAAAUUUACUUUGUCAUUUUCCCCAACUGCACAGCCAGGAGACAGGCAAAUGAGCUUUGUUCAAUGCAAAUUCACACACACAAGAUGUGUCUUUUAUGGCACUAGGUAGUCCAGCCUGUGUACUGGGUUCAAUAUCGCACCGUCAUUAGAUGAUAAGGUUUCCAGGAAUUUGAUUUUAAAGUGGACAACAAUGGUCCUCUCUGGGUCACUAUGUAGAAUUACAUUAUACAUAGAAAUACAUUAGUGCAUUUGCUUUGUGCUCCUAAGUACCUGAAAAGGCCCCUGUGUUGUCCUGUAACAGUCUGUGAAAGUAACCUAUUUUCACUGCAGGUACUUCAGCUUAAAUAAACUACAGUUGACAAUAAACAAUAUGGGUUAUGUAAAAAUCUGUUCUUUUUUAACACGACUGAAAAUGUAUUUUCCUCAUAUCCCAGCAGGUUAAAUUAAGCCCAGUUCCUUCUGAUAUGAGGUUGUCAGAGAAAUUUCUGUUUCAUUAUGAAUCGGCUGACUGAAGGCCAGUGACAUCCCCGAAGGCUAAAUGGAGACAGUUAAAUUAUUUGUCCAUUGUAUGUGCAGGUGCACAAUUAUAAGCAGAGAGGUGAGUGUUUUAAGUAGUUAUAAUAUCCUUAUUUUUAUAACACCGGAUUACAAGAAGCAAACCUUUCUUCAGCCUUUAUGUGGAGCAGUUCCCUGAUUCCAGUACAUGCCAACAUGCACAGAAGCUUGCCACUGAACCAGGACUUGUGGACAAGAUUUUGUAUUAACUGUGUCAUUUCCCCUAAUUUUUCCCAAUCUGCCAGUAGGAAUAAAUCAUUCAUGUUCGAUUUCCUGAAGUUUCCCUAAUAUGGGUGUCAAUUAGUGCAAGAGGGCUACUGUGGCCACGGCUUUACAGCCUACAAACUGGGCUGCUGCAGGCAACACAAUGCAUUAGCGCACGAUGAGCUGUCAGAGGAGAUUAUUUCAGCCACGCCAGUCAGCGAAGGGGGUGGGCGCCGCUCUGCUGCACUAAACUGAGGAGAAAGAGUGGGCGGGAGACAAGAGAAAGGGAGAGAAACACAUAGAGGAAAGAGGGAAAGAGAAGAAAGUGUCCAUUACACCGGUUGGAUUUUUCCAGAGCACCGAUGUUGGAACAUUCUUCUGAGCUGGCUCUGGUGCAGAGUUUGUAUGCCAACAGCAUGCGCUGUCCCCCCUCUGCGGCCGGGAUAUCUGUCAGGAAUGAGGACCUGCCUAUGAGGUACGUUGAGGUUGGCCCCUCAUUCAAAUCUGGGCUGGCUUUUGUGGAGCAGCCCGUGUUUGGACUGCUUCUUUGUCUGGGCUGAAUAUUUUGAUAGAAUGUAUUGUUUCCAGUUGAGGCGUUCUCACAUGCUGUGACUGUGUGAGUGUGGGCAGGGUGGUGUUCCUCUGCUUGUCCCCAUAGGUUUUAAUUUUCCAGGAACCCAUGAAAUAUCUCUUUAAAAUGAAUGAAUAUGGAUGUUUAAAUCAUUCACAUAUUCACUCAACAAAAAGGAUUCAAUCAAGAGGUGGUUGAUUUGGUUCAAAUUGUUCUGAAAUACAAAAAUCAAUUCCUUAUAGGGUUCUGGUGUCAAUUUAUUUACCUCACUCCUCUUGCUAAGUCCCAGGAGGGCUAAGAUGCUGGCAUGAACUGCAAAUAAAGCAAAGAUGAAUGUGUCAGUAAUGCAGGUGUUGACCACUGAGAAAUGCAGGCCACUGAAAAAUACAACAUGUGAUGAGAUAUCUCCCAAAAACCCUCCCCGGCCUAACUGAAAACAGCAACAACAAGAGAUAUGAGAAAUCUUGAAAAGAACAGGGUGAAACAUUCAGAUCUACCACAGAAUUUGCAUUGAUUUAAAGGAAGUGCACCCUGAUAAGACAGUGGUAUCGUGUUAGCUCAGUACAUCUUGACACAGUAGAAGUUCUCUCCAUUUUGAGAGCUCUUUAGUUGGUCGCCAUUCUGCAAAUGCUUUCACAAAAAGCUGGGCUAUGAAGAAGUGCACCACCAAGUUCAAAGCGACACAUUCAAAAAGAAGGGAUGCGUCUCACUUGGGUUUGAAGCUGGCCUAUUUUUACACUGUGCUGUUUUGUCACGAAGAGGGUGCAAAUUCAAACUACUGGAUGAUGAGGAUGAGCGAGAAUGAUUCAAGUUCCACUACAUUCAAGAGAAAACAUUUGAUGUAAACAACAAAAGCAUGGUACAUGGGGAGGAUUAUGAUAGGAUUACAGUAGUGAUAAUCUCAGAUUAAGAAUAGGAGGCUAGUAUUAGAAGGUGCCAGCAACUAGACAUCAGCCUCUGGAAUUCAAUCCAAAAAAAUCUCUUCGAAAUGCAAAGGAGAGGCAGUGCCAAAUGGUAAAAAUAAACUAAAACUGUGCUGUGCGAAUUGCGCAUACCCACAAGGAAAAGAAAAGAAUCCUGCUUCUUUUAUGUCAAAUAUAUUCAAUAAGAUCCCCUGAGAUCUAAUUGAGUCAAAGGAAAUAUGUGGAUGCCAUGGAUGGGAUGACAUUAUUGUGUUUUUCCCUCAUCCUAAUGAAACCUGAUUCUCCAGAGAGGUUUAGACUAGUUUUUUAUAGCAGCCCCUCCAGCUUAAUGCUAAUGCAUGUUGCAAAGUGGGCUCGUCUGCAUGUAUGGCAAAAUAGGUCGCAUAUGACAUUAUGCAUACAAGCCUCUUUUAGGCACUGUUUACUGGAGCAUACUCUACACCGGAGCCAAGUUUAAAUUGCCAUGGAUACAAGGAUUAGGUUGGAUCUCAUGAAUAGGAUGUUUCUUAACCCUGCUAUGAAUAAUAUUUUUGGAUUUUGCAGCUGCUGGAGAAACAAUAAAUUGGUUUGAUAAUUAGGCCCUUCGCUGUGGCACACACACACACACACACACACACACACACACACACACACACACACACACACACACUCAUUAAGUGUAGAGGCCUCGCCCUCCAAGUCCAGCCCAACAAAAGAAGAUAGGCUCCCCCUCCCCCAGGGAAACGACAGCCCGGCACAAAGAGGAACAUGACCUGUGACCCUGGGGGAAAGCAACACAGCAAGAAUAACUGCUAUAUAAUCGUCUCAAUUUGGACUGGGAGAGAUUUACAGACCCAUCAACCUAACCGUAACAAUCUGUUAAUAGUCUUAAUUAUGGACCCAAUCAGUUUAUAAAACGGUCUAAUACAGGCUCCUGAGAGACGACAGAAAGAGGAGCAGCAAAAUUAGCCUCGAUGGUAAUGAUAUGAGAGGUAUCUUUGGACAUUUUAAAUUUCCUUUUCAUACUUUGUCAUUCAGUUAAUACUGAAAACAUUCAAUACAAACGAGGAAAAACCUCAAACAUAUGAAUGAAAAAGGAGCAGAAAGAAGAACUCUUAUAGUCUGCCCCUCUUUCAUAAUGAAAAUGAACAAGAGCUGCAGGCCAACAUGCCUUUUUACAGUUCAAUACUUCAAAAACAACCCACAAAUUGAACAGAAAAGACCACGUUAAUUCACAUUUUUUCACAACACAAACAUACCAUGACUUAGAUUAACACAUUUCAUGGAUAAAAUUUGAUUUAGAUUCUUAAGUUUCUUUCUCCACAAUCACAUUCCUCUCACUAUAACACUGUAAAUAUCUCUACCAUUGGUGCUUCUAAACUGUAAACUCAUCCCCUGACUCACUCCUCUUCAAAUUAGGGCCUGAUCUUGCUUUAUCCUGCAAAAUAAUCUGUAAUUUUGAGCUCAUGAAUUCACAGCAGAUAAACCUUAUGAACAACAGGACCGAUAAAGUGUCCACUAGGACACCACGUGCCUGUCCCUGUGGAGAUAUUACGGUAAUUUUACAUGUAGCGGGGUAGCAGGAGCAGCAGCAGGAGCAGGAGCAGCAUGGUUUUAGACUUUUGUUGAAGGAGAAGCCACGCCUCUAGUUUGCUGCAGCUCCGUGUAUGUGUAUGUGUGUGUGCCGCCGUGCCGUGUGACAGCGGCUCGCCUCAUUUUACUUCAGACGGGGACCAGAGAGGGAAAUCAAGAGGAAGAAAUAAGGCGGAUAUUGGUGCCCUCUCUCUCUCUCUCAUGCAGUUUUGAAGUAGACGCCCCCUCCCUGCACCUGUUCUGCUCCGUCUUGUGGUCGGAGUUGAGCCUCUUGCGAGUGAGCGGACGUCGCCUUUCAUUGUUAGAUAGCUCGACGUUGUUUUGAGCAUGACUUCGACGUACAACCUGGAUUUCCACCCUCUAACCGAAAGUCGGUUAUUGACUUCAGGCGACACAAUGUAAGUAAACAAACUAGAGGUUAGGCUUUUGCGUGCGUGUUAAAUUUACAUUUGUUACAUUUUUUAACAAAGACAAACAACACAGUUCAGCGAGUUGGGAGUAAGCUAACGCUAGCUUAACUGGCAACUGGGAUGCUAACGUUGCUAAUCAUGACGGUACGCUUACCUGGAGUUUGAGUAGUUUGUUUAACUUAGAGAAAACAAGACACGUUACUGAACAUCAAAGUCUGUUAAAUACACAAUCUCCAGGGUGGAAGACUGAGCACACACCCUGUUUGCUAACACUUCUCACUCAAACCGACUAAGUAAAUUCAGGUGACGGUGUCGGAUAUAAGGCGCGCUACAUUAGUCAAGUGACAUGUGCUUCCGGAGAGAUCACACGGCUCGGUAUCAGCGAAAAGGGGGAAAAACACCAUCGAUAGUUCUCAGAAACCGCUCUUGUUUGUGUGAAUUCACAUGUACGAAGCGCUGAUCCGGGAGUCUGGAGUUGGUUAAAUCCUGCACAACUUUACGUUGACUUCAAACGGCUUUAAACGGUCAGUCACCAACCGACGGGUUUACGUGGGUACGUUGAGUAAUAACGGGUAACCACGUUAACUUUUAGUUUUCACGUACUGUGUUUUAAUGCCAAAGGGGUUUGUUUUGAGAUUUAUUUCGUGAACAGUUUUAAUAACCAGCACACAGCGGGCUAUCGGCUCGACUGGACUCCCUGACCCUCCCUGGCUCUCUCCCUGCUAGCGGCUAAUAUCGUUAGCCUCAGCUGUGGUGUCCUCGUCCAUGUUGAGUGGAAGGCUUCUUGCUUAACGGCAGAAAAAAACACGUGGUUUGCUACAUUAUUGAGCCAUUAAUGGAAACCUUGUGACAGGACAUGUAAACAAGGAGGGGGGGAACAUUCGCCAAGCACAGAAAGUGCAUAUUACGGCCGUGCCUCGAUCGAGCAAGUCUGACAAAAACAUCCCCUAGCACCGCUGCUUGCUCAUGUGUUUUAGCAUUUUAAAAAACAGUUUCAGAUUAAGUGAAUUAUUUUUAAAAUCGUUUUAAAUCCAAGUCUAGCAUUUAGAAAAAAUGACACCUUUAUUUUCCAGCAAACUGUCAAUAACUCAAGGAAAUAGUACAUUCUUAAUCCUUCUUCCACUUCAAGUUUACCUCUUUUAGUAGUUUUGUCAUGAAGACCGGGUAGGUGUGGUUGGUUUGGUUCACUGCAGGGACAGUAUUUCCCACUCAUUACCGCUAUUUUCACCACUAGUGUAUUGUGAAACUAUUGAUUAACAAGGAGGAAACAUUUAAAUUAACCGUACUUCAAAAACUGAAAUGCUGAUUUAAAAUAGUAAGUCAUGAAAUAAUAAGAUUUGAGGCAUAUUUUAUCUCAAAAAUUUGUCUAUAUUAGGGCCUGAUCAAUAUGGAUUUUUUGGGGCCGAUACCGAUUGUUGGGUGGGGGGGGUCUGAUUAUCGAUUAAUCGGCCGUAUUUUACUUUUUUUUUUUUAUGAAGUUUUAAAAUUUUGUUAAUUUAAGUAAUAUAUCUACAUAUUCACUUAUAACAAAUUAUUAACAAAUGGCUGCUUUUGAGCCUUUCAAACACUUCUUCAAAGAAUUAAAGGGAGAAAACUCAUUUUAAGUCCUUUUUAUUGCUAAAACAACUGUACUCAGUUACUCGGUAAUGUUCCACGUAAUUAUCAUGAAUCAACCCCCCACCCCCGAUCGGUGCCUCCGCGUCUUAACUCACGUUACACAUUUCCGGUCCGGUCUCAUCCAGAGACAUGCAGCUGCCUCAGUAAGAGAAGUAGCUCGAUCACGUAAUGUGUACUGUUGUUUAUUCUACCGUCAUUGGUACGGCUAACAAUGUAGCAAGGCUAAUAGUAGAUGGCUAUCUCUAACUUUAGCUUGCAUAUUACAUGGUGCUUCACCGUUAACUCUGUGUGAAACUUGUUGACUUAUUGUCUACUUUACAAACUGGUUUAUUUACCGUUGAGGCGGACCACUCUCCUCUGUGCGUCCCUGAGCUACCUGCUUCAGAUCCGUCACUCUGCUGUGCUGUGAGGUAGUUAGUGGAUGAAGAUUGUCAUGAGGUCGCUGCGUCAUCUACAGGAUAAGUCGGGGAACUUUUCAAAUGGCGGAACAUUUUCGAAGUGAAAAUGGAUCUUAUUCUCCGUAUUUUAUUGCUGAAAAUAUCGACGAAAAUUGGUGAGUUUUGGCCGAUUACCGAUUAGUCUCAAACGUCUUAAAUUGGCCGAUUUAAUCGGCUCGCCGAUUAAUCGGUUGGGUCCUAGUCUAUAUAUAAGUGUCUGUGGGUAAUACUGUUCUAUUCGGCAAUCUCAACAGUAGUAAUAAAGUAGAAUGAUUGGUUGUGGCACUAGCUUUCACCUAGGCCUGGGCAAUAUGUGAAAAAGUUUAUCAAAAUAUAUAUAUCACAAUAUAAAAAAUUAGAUUUAACAGUGCUCACUGGUGGCACGUUUUUUGCAAUACAAUAAGCAACUGCAUCUGCGAGGUUUUUGUGUCUCUUUGACGUUUUGUCGUAAGGCGUUGCGCUAGAGAAAGCGGACUGAACGGUCGGCUGUUUCAGCUGCCCAGAUGUAAUUUGCAGUGCAUAUUACUUUGUUUCAUGUCCGACCUCAAAAAAACAAAAUACCUCCACAACACUGAUGUUUUCGUGCCAUUGUUGUCGACAAUGUCUGUCGGGGGUAGCACUCAUUUUCUUGUUUUGGCACAUGAUUGGUUCAGAGCGAAGCGAACCUCGAGCAACUCCCUUUUUCACUGGCUUUUUGUAUAGUCUACUAAGACAUGGCAGAAUGCUGACUAUUGAAAAGGAUUUUGACCAUGUUUUAUAUUGAUAUUGAGGGGAAAUUUAAUUUUCGAUAUAUAUCGUUAUCGUUUUAUCGCACAGCCCUACUUUCAUCUUAAGCCCAAAUUCAUCAGUGCUUUUGUAAUAAUGAGCAAUGUGUCCAAAUAACAUUUACAUUUUAUUAAUUUUACAUUAUUAUUGGAUUGUGUUUAAAGCACAUCUUAGCUGUGUUACUUAGGGACCAGUUGGUUGGUGGUUUUCUGUUCCCAGCUGUAUUUGAUUGAUUUAUCCCUCUUGAUUGUUGACACUAAGAGUGACUAUCAGGGCUUAAGUGUGAUCCAUUGGCAGCUCAUCCAGCCAUAGUGCAAUGUCAGUAAGCUGAGCGUCACAGUGAUCCCUUUUGUUGUGGCCGGUGAGCUGUUGAUCUGUAUAGUGUUGUAUCUUGGCACAGGGUCUUAAGAGCUGCACGAGCCAGCUGUUUGUAUUUCUCACCUCUCUGUGAGGGUGGCAACAACGGUGGUAUAGCAUGAGUUGCCAGUGCAGCCAGAUGUUGAAACCCAAGAGAGUAAGGGGGCUCUGAUCUGGCCUGUCACCUGUUUUUGGGCUCCUGCUGCUAACUUGGCACAGUGUGAAUUACAAGACUGACUGUCCCGGAGCUGCAUGCACGGCCUUUAGAGAACACUCAUAACCAUGUCCUGUAUGUGCAGUAAUGUGAUUGAAGGUUGAGCAAAUUCCACUGCAAGCUUUGCAAACAUAACAUAUUGUCAGGCAGAGUUGCAUAAGACACAUGCACUAACUGUAUCUAUGAUGUAGUCAGUACUGUAUGACUGCUGAGUUACUGACACAGUCCACACUCUAGGAAUUUAAAAGCGGCAAAUAAGCAGUGGUAUGUCUGCGUUUCUUAUUCUGACAAAAAUCAUCAAUCUGUAUAAUGGUUAAAGCUAAUGCACUGUCCAGCACAGCAUACAUGUGACCUAGAAGCCAGCAACUACAGCCCACAUCAAGUGCAAUCAGCCAUUUGGUUGAAAAAGCCCUUCUCGAGUGGACAAGUCAAGAGUAGCAGUAAUGGACUGAAUUGAGAGGAUGUGACAAUAGGAGGACCUCUCUUUUUGAAUUGAUGCCUUUCUGAAGCAGAAAGCUUCUUUUAAUCAUAGAGGCUGUUUCAGAAAUUCUAAUUAUACAGGAUUUUGAGUGACAAUUUCAUGCUGUCGUUCGUAUGUUAUCCUCAAAAAAAAAAGGGGAGCAAUACUGUGACAAUACGCUUCGCAGGUUUCUCACUUUCUGAGAACAAACCCUCCAUAUCUAAUUAUCAUUAUUGUAAAAGACAAUGUUUGAAAAGCGGUGAGAAUCGUUAUUUACAGGAUUUUAAAAAAUAUUUGAUGGACCUGCAAGCAAUUGGAUAUAUUAUAACUGAAGAUAAUUAGAUUCAAGACAGGCAGAUUACAACAUAUUUACCAUUUCAGACAUUUGAAGAUGAAAAAAUGAUCUUCAGUUCAUUAAAUGUGAAGUAGUUGUUGCUUUUCUUAUGCAGCAGAAUGCAGAGCUUUUCAGUUCGGGGCUUGUUCAACAGGAAGCAAUUGGAGUCUGUCACCUCAGGGUGUUAGAAAAAAUGUUGUGCAUUGUUAACAUUUUUGUAGAUUUUAAUGGGCUAAAGCACACAUUUAUAAGAAUGAUCACAGAUAAAAACAAUUGAUGUCAGCCCUAUAAAUAAGUGCCCAUAAUGUGGGAUUUGAUUAACAAAGAAGAGAUUUCUGACACACAACAGCAAAAUUAAAAUAUCCUGUGUUUAAUAAGGCAGUGGUGGGAUGUAUUAGUGAAAGCUGUUCUCUCUAACGCAGGUUUAGAUAAUGGAUGACUUAGUAAGCCAGGGAAGUAAGCACACUCUGUCAAAGUAAUCAAGUGUAAUUGCUGCUUUCAGUGCGCUGUUUGUCUCUUCAUUUAAGAUGCAGCAGUAAGGCGGCUGCCUGUUCUGGUGAGCUCCACCUGAAGAUUUAAAUUCAUGCUCAGUCUGACACUGCAGCAGGCAUUAGAUGAAUUUAUUCACUUGGAUGUUUCUCUGUUCCUUCACACGGGCUUUACUUUAGCAACGUCAUCCAUAACCGCCAGGGACUCUUGGUGUGAUUAUGGAGCUAAUGGGGCGGGCCUUGUCAUCAGAUGCUGGCCGUCUGUUAACAUGCAGCCUAUUCAGAGGCUGAUUGAACACGUCUGUCUUCAUCAGGGGAGAUACAACAAUGAAAUCAGGCCAUAUUGAGCUGAAUUGGAGUUAAUUCCAAAGGGGGAAUAUUUUAAUAACUUCUCGUCAGAACCAUAAUAUGCUGAUUAGGGUCUAAACGCUGUGUGGAAAUCAUGUAACACAAGUCUCCUGCUUGGCUCCUGGUCUUGAGCGCCAUUCCUCCUCAGCCGCCUUAUUCGUUUCAACCUGGGCAUAGAGCAAGCGAAUCCUACUCAGUGGUCUCCCAGCAAAUGUUUUGUAAAUCUUCCUGCUGAUUUCCGUGACGGCUUUUGAAGUUAAAACUUAAAGCCUGUCACAAAGAUAUUUUUAAACCAAGCUUAUGAAACGUUAUUCAACUUGUCAUGGAAUAUUCAGUGUCUUUUGUUGUAGGGGAGAAAAAAAGGAGCUAGAGCAAGAGAGAGCCUUUAUGCCGCACUUGACAGCUGUCAAAGAUAUUACUCAGGCAUUAGAGGCAUUCUGUGUUCUAUUGAAUCAGCUUAUAGGGCCAUUGGUUUCCUGAAAGAAAAAGUAACUUGUGAUUUUUUUUUCUGAAGGUUUUAUGAGCAAACAGCUGUUGUAGCUGACUGAUUUUCCUCUCUCUUCAGAGACAUCACAAGUGUCCAUGUGAACUUUGACUUUGUUUUAAUCCCCUAUAAAGGAUGACAGCAGUCAGCUGUGGGUUGCCAAAACAGCCCAAGGCAAAAGAGUUCAAGUAUAUUACUGAAAACUGGGCGAGUUUCAUCAUCGGGCUGUGUUGCCCCAACAAGACUUGUUUGAUCAUUAUAAUAAUUAGCAGAACAAAUCAAAGUAUUAAGUGGCAAUUGGCUGAAUAAACUAGGUGGAAAUGGCAGAUGAUGUAGGUAUUUUUAAAACUCAGUAAUCACUGAGUUUUUCUUAAUAUAAUAUCCGCCUUUUGUUUUUAAAUAAGGAGCAAGUCUCCCUCCAUGAAGGCAGCCAUCUUGCAAUGCCAUGUUCCUACAGUGGGAAAGAACAGACAAACCGGUAGAGACCCUAAGGCUGUUUGUAUUUGCUUAGAAGCUGCCGAAAAAGCUAUGUCUAAAAGAGCAUGGCUGAUGUGCAAAAAGAACGUGCUGUGUUGAUAGGAGUUUUUGAUCGUAAUAAAAAAUGAAAGAUCAUAUUUGUCACGCAUCACAGCAGCCUUUUGUCCUCAAAUGCCUCCAUUUCUGGAGGAGCUUCACCAAUGAGCAGAGGGGCAAUUUCUUCAGAAUCCAACUGCUAGUCGUCCCCAAAUGUUUCCCCUUUUCACACUUUACAAUUAAAGUGUAAAGCCUAAACAGAACCCUAAUAGUCAUGAAAGAACGUGAAGCAGUGAGGCUGCUUACCAUCAGCAGCAGUGACAAAAUAAAAUCAUGUGCCAUGUGGUGUUGCUAUGACCCCUGAUGGUUUAGGGAUGACUAAUGUCCAAAUGCACAAUGCUGAGCUUUCAAAAAUGCAUUACUAGGCAAAUUGGCCAGCUUUCUAUUAUGGGCACAGCAAAGGUGUCACUGGCAUACUUGCGCGGUCAGGGCUCACCAACAGGACGCACACAUGCAUUAGAUAAAUCACCUGUUUUUUUAUGGGUGGUGCAGCGGAAAGCAUGCAACUGUCACUGCUCUGGCUCUGAAUGACUUGUCAGCUGCUUCAGGGCGUCUUAGAGCAUGAGGAGCUGCCACAUUGCACGGCUGUUUGUGGAAGCUCUGCGAAAGACUUCAUCGCUACAGUCAGGGAGCACUCUGCUGGCUGCUGGAAGGAAGGAGAGCUGUGACAGAAUUAGAAACAACAUUUCUGAGUCUAUCUUUAAAUCAUUUAAAGCAAGAUGAAAAAUGUGCUUACGCUGAUAUAAAGAGAGAGGAAAUAAUGUCCUUUUGUUGGUAUGAAUAACUGAUAAGUCAUCACUGAAACUAUCAUUUUAAUACUGCUCGUUUACUGGACAAAUUGUGAGCAGAUUUUAGUCUAACUUCUCCAAAAAUUGUUAUUGUGAAACUCGUCGACUGUGUUGUUAAGGAUGUAUGUCAGCAGCUUUCAGUUGACGUAAAGCCACAGCUAUGUUCAUAUAACAUUACUCUGCUUCAUGGCUUGGCACUUGUCAAGUGAUAGAUAAUACUUUAUGUCAGCAGGUGUAACUUUAUAAACUGGUAUGGAUACAGAUGCUCAUAUUAAGCUGUCAUGUUGAUGUAUCUUCUUAGUAGACCUGUAAAGGAAUCAUCCGACAUUUUGGGUCACGAUUUCAUAGAGAAUUUGAUGAAAAUCUUGGUUUCUUUUUAAGCUGUGUGACCAUCUUACUUAGAGCACAGAUGGAUGACUUUUACCAACUUUGGACUCAGAGACCAUCUACUCCCCAGUUUCCAGUCUUAAUAAAAAGUCAAGGCUUCACAUGUACUUCAACCAUUUGGCCAGAUCCAUAAGCAGCAUUAGUUUGUUUCUAAAAAUAUGUAUUUUCACAUUGAUCAGGAAUCUACAGCAAUUUCAACUUGAAAUUAGGGCUGAGCGAUAUAGGGAAAAGUUUAUCAUGAUAUAUAUUUUUCAUAUCAGUCGAUAUCGAUAUAUAUCAUGAUAUAAAAAAUUAAAUUUAACAAUGCUUUUUGGUGUCGGCUCCAUGUUUUACAGUGCUGCUACUCUGAGUUGUUUGCUACUUGGUUCUAAUUCAGCACAUGAUUGGUUCAGCGCACAGCGGACAUGGAGCAACUCCCCAUUUCAUUGGCUAUUCGUAUAGUCUACCAAAACAUGGCAGAAUGUCAACUAUAGAAAAGCAUAUUGACCAUGUUUUAUACAGAUAUCAAGGGAAAUCAAUUUUUGAUAUAUAUCGUUAUUGUUUUAUCGCCCAGCCCUAUUUGAAAUGCUGCUUUAAUUUUGGCAUCGUUUUACAUUCUGUUUCAACUAGUGUACCGUAGUCAUCAUCUACUGUACAGUGUAUACUGUGUAGGUAUAAGGCAGCCCAUUCAGUGAUUAGAUUUUAUCGCUUCAAUUUCUGCAACAUAAGUGAAAUUUUUUCAGUAAUAACACUUUGUUUGGUAGCAGUGGCUACAGAGGCUGACUAAUAAGUAUCGAUGUUCCACACUCUGUCAGCUGUCUUGAGCUUUAGAGACAAUGCACAGCUGCAGGGUGUCUUAAGCAUUCAAUGACUAUUAGACGCUUUCAAAAGAGUUUAUCUCGUCCCUGUUAUCUGGUUUGAACACUCUGACAAAAUUCCAGUUUUUAAAUGUCGUCUGCUGCUUUUCAUGGCCAGAUUUCAUCAAAGAGUCCUCAGCAAAAUGGCGUCAGGAGUGCCACAGGCGAAACUGGAUAAAUGGUGUCACCCACCAGUGAUGUGGCCUUAGCAGACAUAGCCUUCGAUGUGUUGCAAAGCAUCACUCUGACUUGGCCCAUUGUGCUGUAGAGGAACGGUGAAUAGUGUUCUCCAGCAGGGGGGAACAAUAUGUGAUUGUUCCCCUGCUGUGGUGAAGAAGCUGUAGGUUACUCUCUGUACCAUCGCCAAUGCGCCUAAGGAAGAGAUGCAGUGCAAAAUCUCUGUCUGGUAACCAGGGAUUUUUGGAGGUUUACAGCUCUGCUCUGCUGUUUUCAUUUGGCUGUCGGAGCUAGCAGGAGAGGGGUACUCACCCUUCACUUGGUGGAGAGACAUUUUUGUUUCACUGGAGCGCUUCUUUCUUUUUCAUUUUUCUUUCUGGGCCUGUUUAUAAAUUAUUACUUAAAUGUAUUGACAACCUCCUGGAAAAGAAAACCACUCUUUCUGCGGCGUGGAGCUGGAUUUUAGGAGAAGAAACUGAAGUGUAAUUUAUUAGCAUGUCAUUUAAGUCCCUCAAGGAGUUUGGUGUUUCCGCAGAGCGACUGGGCUCAAUUUGUAAGAGAUGGAUGGCUCGGGUCCAAAGGUUUGUGUGUAAUUCUGAAUUUUUUUUCAGUCUAUAUUUUAAAAUGCUCUUUCCAUCACAAUUGCAUGACAAACUAAUAGUCUACAAUAAGUUGUGUUUCAGUCAUGUGUUGUGUUUGUGGUCAGUGGCAUAUCUUGAUCUCUUUUCUGCUACCAUUUGUGCAUUGGGGGGUGAUACUAUUUUUCUGAAUGGAAUUUCUCCCAUCCCACUCUGUGAAUGGCUGAGUCCACUUCUUCAUUCCUGGUUUCUAGCACCUCAAGUCCCUGUCAGGAGGUGUUUGGGUGCCUGAUUUUGUGUGAGUGAGACAGAGGUGCUGGAGUCCUAGGUACACUGGUGGGUAUUGAUUCUCUGUCCCCGAGGCUCGUCUCAGAAGAAAAUGUCACGAUUUAGUAUUUCACCCUCCUCAAUCGUUGCUCCUCUAACCAGACCACCCACUUUGUUGCUUGAAGUUUUUUUCCCCGUUUGGAAUUCCAAGCAGUGAAUUGUAAACAAAAUAAUGUUGUAGCAUCUACUUCAGAGCACAAAUGUGUGGCACCACACUAGAAAGAAUUCCUGCUUCAGAAUCAUUUAGUUGCUUGGUAGACAUUUUGAUAUUUGAAACUAAAUGGAGCACACUGUUUCCUUUUGACGUUUACCACUGCGAAGUCCAUGUAAUUGAACAUUAUUUGGCAUUAUCGCAGAAUGUUUUAUUGUACCUCACACAUUCUACCUGUGCUUUGCCAGUAAAAUAAGAACGACUCUUGGGGUAGGCCAAUUUGUUUAGCUACAAGAUGUUUUAGUUACUGUCAAAACUAACUAAUGUGCACUAUCUAUUAUGAAGCAUGUGUUCUUUAAAAAAAGCUUUGUUUCUCACUGCUAUACAGUGUUUUUGUGGUUCACUACAAACCCAAGCACAACAGUCACUAAACUAGAUAGGGUAUGGCCCUGCGACUAUCAGACCCAUGGUCAAUGUUAUCGUCAAGAAUUUGGAACAUCACAGUACAGAAAAUAUUUGGCUUGUUGCCCAAACAGUCUUCAGCUUUUUUUAAUUGUAAAUAAAUAUUUUAAGUAUUACACAUGAUCGUUAAAAUGCUUAUCAGAAAGGCAAUCGGUUCAAAAAGUGAACAGAAACUAAACAGAACCUGUUUUACGUCUUAAAAAAUGUUAUCUUUCACUGACUGUAGCUGUUUCCUACUUUGAAACGCUAAUAACCCCCCCGACCCUUUUGAGAGCAGAACUGGUUUUGCGUGUCUUGUAACUUCUUUAUUUAAUUAACUCAGUUACACACUCAGCUGUUUGCACCCUCUAACAGACAAAUGUCACUAAGCAUAGAGGUUUUCAAAUUCACCAGAACCACUUUUACACAGUUGUUACCAUCAGGAGGUCCUCUGAUCACACCCUUUUUAUAGUUCAAGUUAAAUACACAUUUGCUGCCUCAUUCUAGACAUAUAAAAAACUCUAAUCUGUGCAUUUUAUUUUCUGUUUACUACAUUGGUUUCUUCAGGGCUAGAGAAGCUCUUGUGUGAACGUGUUGGACCCUAUGUGAUGCUACAGCGUUUAUAAGCUCAGGAGUGAUCUUGUUAUCCCUAGUACAAACUAAAAAUAGUAAUGUGAGGAUUUCUUUCUUUUCUUUUUUUCUUAGCAACAGCAACGGCAGCAAGAUGAACGGAUCACUGGAGCAUCUGGACCAGCCAGACCCAGACUCCAUCAAGAUGUUUGUGGGGCAGAUCCCACGCUCCUGGUCGGAAACAGAACUUAAAGAGCUUUUUGAGCCCUUUGGAGCCGUGCACCAGAUUAACAUCCUUCGUGAUCGCACCCAGAAUCCCCCUCAAAGCAAAGGUAAGUCCACAGAAGCUGAUGAACACUGGACAUGCUUCAUGUUAGUCAUGUCAGACACAAGACAAAUCCAGACAAUCACAUAUACCAGUCUGCAGAAUCCUGUUAUUACAUUAACCAUCACAUUUCAGCACAGCCCCCCUGAGGCAUCACAGUGUUACUUGAGUGUGCACAAAAUGCAGCUGUUUGUCCUCACAGAUGAAAUGAUUCAUUCUUUUGUAACAGGGUUUAAUUGCCUUUUUUUACACAACCCCCGUCUAAUGGAGUUACUUUUUGGUUUAUUUUGCAAUACUGGCUUAAAAGCAGCAUUGUGUAAAGGAAAUACAACUCAACUGCCAUUUUCCAUUAAGACAUUUAUCGACAUGCUCAACGUAGAAAUGGUGCUCAAGUUUACUGAUUAAGUUUAGGCUGCAAUUAGAGGAGACAGUAAAGUGGGAGCCCGCUGUCUGCAGAGAGCUGCAAAGUGCCGCUGAAAGUGCUCAGCCUCCCGUAACUAACUGCAGGUGAAUAAAGUAAACGACUUUUUCCCUGAUGCUACUGUCCAGGUUUAACAACAUCACCCAAAUUUCAAUUCCCUUGAUGGUUGGAUGGCUCCCUGUGGUUAAAGGCGCUAAUCCACUCAAGGUUUUAAAUGUUUUAGGACACAGUGUGAUGCUGGAGUUUAUGACUGAAUACAAAACUGUCGUGGGCUACCAGUGGUUUAUUGGUCACCUAAAGCUGGACAAAGCUGUUACAGGCUAGUCGGCUGGGCUGCGGCCAAAUGUCACCUGUAGUUCACAGAAUGUGUGACUGAUAAGAAGCAGUGCUGCUGAUGGUCAGUAUAAUGACCCGUGGAGAGGAUCUGAGAGAGUGUUUUCAUUAUCACUCUUGUGAAAAUGUGAUUCUACCCAUUUAUGGUUUCAUUUGAUUUGGUUUGGUUAAUAUGCACUUUAUUAUAAGAAAGUUAUAUAGAGAAAAUAAAUCACAGCUGCAGAUGAGGUAGUAACCCACGGAAGGCUCAUUUUAAGACCUCACCAGGAGAGAGAAACUGAAAUAGUUAUUUAAUAAAAUGUCAAUUCAUAAAGAUAGAUUUUACAUAAAGCUUUUUUGUGAGCAUUAAAAACAUGAAAUAGAGCAAGGGAACACACACUGUAUAUCGACAUCAUAGCACACAUAACAUAAGAGCGGGAUAAUUCAGUUUUGACAAUUUACCAAGAACCAUCUCUGACAGUUCAGCACAUCAGAGUCUAGUUUUGUAUCUCGACAAAGAUUUUUCAAGAGGCGGAAAGUACAGCCAGUCCUCCUCACAUAUUACCUCUCCUGCUGGAGGGAGAGAGAGGCCAGAAACAUUGUUGCCUCUGAAACAAGGACAUGUUGACAUGUUGUCCCAUAUUUUGUUAUGUUGGCAGUAAAAUUUAAAAAACUGGGAUUUCUUAAUUGCAUCCAAUCGAAUCAAGUAUGGCGCAUGUUGUUUGUAUUGUGCGUUUGUGUUGAUAUGUACAUUUGUGUCAACAGAACCUCGAUGUUCAAAAGUUCUUUAAGAUAUUUACUUUGGAAUAAAAUAGAAUAAAGGAGAAUAUCUAUUUUUUCAGUGUUUUCCCUCUUCACCAAAAAUGAACCAAGACUCCUUAAACCAAACCAAACUUUUUUUUGUUUCAUUUUUUGUACUGUUGCCAUCUCACAAGAAAACAAUGAUUUUCCUGUGAUGAUUCAUGGAGUUUAAUUUUCUCUAAAAAAAUAAUUGUCACAGCUCUCCUGGUUAGUAGAAGCUUGGUCUUCAGGAAGUACGCCAAAAGCCAACAGUCACUUCUGAGAUUCUGAUCUUACCAUGGUUCUCAGUCCUUUCCACUGUUGGUCAAAGAGCCUUUUUUCCUUUAGCUCUAAUGAGAACACCUCCUGUCACCAGGACAGACCUCGAUCCUCUUAGUCUUUUCAAAUAGAGACACCCACAUCAAACGAUACCCAGCACAGGGUCUGUUUGAAGGUAUACCAGAAAGUCUCGAGGGUGCUUCUUAUGCAGGCUUCUUCAUAUGAAUGUAUACAGCCUACACCGUGCAUUUCUCUGUUUGAGGCUGGCGGGUUCAAAGCCCCCCUUUUAAAGACGAACCCUCCCCUAUUCUGUGUGGAGUGUCAGCUGUGAUAGCCUAUUGACAUGUUAAUGCAAUGUUAAUGUAUUCUGAUAGAUAAUCUGGCCUGAUCACAGCAGUCUUUGGCUCACCAAGCCUGUGUGAGGUGAAUUUGGUGCCACAGCAUUCAUCAAUCCUUCUCCCCCAGUAUUUCUACUCUUGCUUGGUUAAAUGGGAGCAGUGUUUUUUUUUUUUUAAAGCACGGUGGCCUGAUGAAAUCUGCCUUAUUUUCUCUUUGACUGACUGGUAAUAUGUAUCAGUACGCUCCUUUCUUUUGUUGUCAAGCUGCUUGUUGCUUGAUUUGUCAGUGGAGGUGAUGUAAUCCCAUUCCAAUUUGGUUGUUUAUAUUGCAAGGGAUCCGUUGAGGAGCCAUUGGAUUUGCUGUUUUUUUUUUUUUUUUUAGGUCACAUCUACUGCAGGUCAUAAAAAAAUCAUCUGAUAACUAUCACGCCUCUCUGGAUGGUUUAUUUAGCCCCAGUAAAUCGGAGGCAGGGCUAAGCAGCAGAGAAAGGGAGCUCAGCUGGUUGUGAGAGAGAAGAGAGCAGCUCGAUGCAUAUUAGACUUCAACAGCCCUCCCCGCGGCCUGGGAGCUCCAGUAACAGCAUAAUACACACUAUGUAGGUCAGAGACGCUGCAGUGCUCCACUUCCCCAGCCCAGUGAAACUGACAGGCUGGAACGCCACUGGCGGUCUGCUGGGACGGAAGGAUGAGAGGCUUUUUUUUUUUUCCUCCUCUUCCUCUGCUCUUCUUUUCUUCGUCCCCCUCCCCCACCACCUCCCUCCUCCCAUGAUUCCAUUUCCUUGCUCCCACUUGUGCUCCCUCUUGUGUCUUUGUGCUGGUUUCAUACGUCCUGUACGUAUUGUUCUGUGUGAUUUGGAUUCUUAUGUAAUACGGCACGUCUCUGAUGUGUUGAUGUGUUGGUACAGUGCCCUGGCAUGCCUGGGCUCUGUUGACCUGCGGACAGUGCAUCACUGCCUUCUGACAGCUAUCCAACCCUGUGGUCAUCUCUGUCACACAACAGCCCUUAACUAUCUUAUUACUCUGGUGUCCUCGCUGCAAGCCCCUACAGAAGCUGUGUGCACCACCGCGCUAAGAAUAUCCAGUCACAUGUUUCUAUUACCAUAUGCAAAGAACUUACCCUCAUCCAUUUAGCUUCUUUCCUGCUCUGCAGCAGUUGCUGGAUUACAUUAACUGUCUGUAUGCUCUGCGUUUUUAAUGCUGUUUUUGUCUCCUUUCCCCCCCACCCAUUCUUUGUUCCUGUUUUUCCUCUCACUGCAGGAUGCUGUUUUGUAACUUUUUAUACAAGAAAAGCUGCACUGGAGGCCCAGAAUGCACUGCACAACAUAAAGACCUUAAGUGGGGUGAGUAAGCGCAGUAUGGGCUUCUUUUAGCAGCUUGAGCCCCCUCUACAUCCCUGAUGCAGACUGUGAGCUGUGUGCCGGCCAGUAAUGAGCUCUCGCCUCACUGAACUGCACGUCUGGCCUGAAAAAUAUCUCGGCCCACACUAUACACCAACACUACACUGAGCGCUGCCCUGAACCUGCACACACUGAAUUGAUGACCACCUGACCCUUCACGCAUACAUGCAGGCGUCAGGUACAUUGCGUUUGACCAGGCAGCAGGUUACGCCCUAAAACACAGGACCCUAUUUUCAAAAAGUGGAGCAGGCUGUCAGUGCCUGUCUUCAUGAAUCACUGAUGCACAUCUACAUUUUAUUUCCAAAACUUGGAUGACUGAAAGAAGUUUGUUCAAGACAUUGUAGCCUGCAGUCUUAAUCCUUUACCUGAUUUAUCUCGAGAGAUUAAAGCCCAGCCAGCUGGAAUAAAUUCAAUUGCUUGUUAAACCUCUACAAAUCUUCCAACCUAUAUGGUGCUCUAAAUUACCCCUUCUUCCAAUCAAUUAAAUCUAUACCCAACAACUCCCCCCAUCAAUAAAAUCAAUAGUCCAGUCCAUUGGAAAAGGAGCUGUUGUCAGUGAGGUUACAGGUAAAUAUUGAACCAGGUUGAUAAAUGAGUGUAUCAGGCUGUAACUCUCUUCAGCCGAGGACUAUCCAUCAAGGCAGACAUUUCAAAUAACGUGUGGUCUAACAGCUCAGCUAUCGAAUCCCGGAGCUCCAGUCAUACUGUUACUGGCAUUGACUGCAGGUGACUGAGUUCUGUUUGCGUGACAGUAGAAAAAGCUUGUUUCCCCGUUCCAGUUUUCUCUCCCUUCUGCGCCUCGCUCUCCUCGGUCAGCAACGCCAGCCAGUGCCCAUACUGAGCGGGCCAUCUGUCUGCUUGUCUUUAGUGCUUGUCAAAAACAAAACCCACCACUUUUCAUAAGUACAAACUGCUCAGGCGUUUUCACGGGCUUCAUUUAUUUCCCUUUCACAGAGCAUGGCAGGUAAAUAUACUUGAAAAAUACACUGAAACGCAUUAAACUGAUCCCAAAGAAAACGUUCUGUAUCCAUUUUCCAAACACAGAAAGAAAAAAUAUAUCAUGUUCUGAGAUCUAGCUCUGCAUCUGAUGUGAUAUUCAACACGAAGUUAAAGAAAUGUAUUACCUUAGACAAAGCCAACAUGGACUGACAUUUGAGAGACAGAGCUGGCGUGCUUGUUACCUGCUACAUAAAAUUGGACUAAAGAAGAUGAGCAGUGUUGACAGGGAGAAUCGAUGGAUUCAACCACAAGCUAAAAAAUAAAAAGAAGUGAAAUGGGGUGCCAGAGAGUUUGAUCCUUGCCCAUCAGCUCAUAGACACUUCCUUCUGUUCUGGCUGUGGUGAGCGUUGAUUGUUUCAGCGUGAGAGAACUAAACAAGGAGUGGAGAGAGUGUUGAAGGUGGUGUUUGUGGGACUGAUGUGAGACUCCUGCUAUAAGAGAUAACAACGAGCACUUCUCUACUUAAAAAUCCAAACUUAUGUCAAUAACUUGUGCAUUUUUUUUCUUUCUAGAUGCAUCAUCCUAUCCAGAUGAAACCCGCUGACAGUGAGAAAACAAGUGGUAAGUGGUUUUAUGUGAAGUCUAGAGCGAUGGGGAUAAAAAGAUGAUGCUUGUGUUGAAAAAUAUAAGUGGACAAGAUUUAGAUAUGACAAAUGGGGUGUGAGAUUUACAAAGGAGUGGGUUCAGGGUCUGUUUAGUGCAAAAGAACAGUCUGAGAGGGACUUGUUCCAGGGAAUGCACAGCAAUACACAAUUUUCUCUAUAGAGUCAGAGGUUAGGAGGAUUAAGGGCUUUAAAAAGCAGCAAGGGGAGAGAGGAAUAGAGCAGGUAUAGAGGAUCUAGAGGACAGCACCAAUAGGUGAUACAGUCAUCUGUCUAGAGAAGCUGACACUCGUCAAACAAAGCUGCUAGUUGCAGAGAUUUGUGCAGGAGACCGGAAACUCAAGGAGAGGCACAAAAUAUAGCAGUAAGAAAAAGAGUGUCGCGAUUUAACCUGAUUUUUUUUGCAGCUGAAUAAUUGUUUUAAGGUCAAUUGAAUAGUUGUUCUCUUCUCAUCCAUGUGCAGCUGUAGAGGACAGAAAACUCUUCAUCGGAAUGGUUUCGAAGAAAUAUGGCGAGAACGAGAUCCGAAUGAUGUUCUCAUCUUUCGGACAGAUCGAAGAGUGCCGAAUCCUCCGGGGACCAGAUGGUCAGAGCAGAGGUAGGUGUGCUCUCAGCGCAAGCAGAGCGUUCUUGGCCUCACAGCCUGCCGCCUUCAGCAUAGCCCGAGUACAUAUUCUCAUAGAGUAUUCAUACAGGCCCCUCCUUACUUCUUCACAUAAACCCCUCCCUCCCUCCUAAAUCAAGUGCUAUUCACCUCGAGUAGCACCCAUUCCAUCCCCAUAGUCUUUCCACCGUCACUGGUACGCUCAGCCUCCACAUCUCACAGUGAAGGGCCACCUCACUCGCUGUCCGGCACAAUGGACCGUCGCCUUGGCAACCGUUGGCUGCUGGUGUUUCGUGGGCUCAGCUGGCAGGCGGCUUGGCUCAGCUCAGCUCCUCCUUUACCGCCUCCUUCAUCACACUCAACAAAGGCUGGAAUUAGCCUGUCGUUGCAUCUCCCACAUACCUCUCUGCUGCAUAAAGCCUCAGACAGCAGGCAGCACGAGGCUCUCAUGUUGAUGUAUGUGAUUAAACCUUAUAGCAGAGAUUGUCGCGCCCGAAAUUCUGCUCUUUCAAGUAAAGAUAAGCGACGUAGCCGCAAUUUGAGAACCACCACAGCUCAUUUAUUCUAGCAGAUCAAAGUCUUUCAGGGUCUAUUUAUGUGUGCAUUGUAUGUGUUUAUAAUCACAUUGACUGUUUCACCACGUAGUCGAGCCUCUGGGUGGCAAUUUAAUCCGUUGAUCACUGUGCUCAUGUGACAUGUGUUACUGUUCUCCUUGUUGUGUUCUUUCUCUGUGUGCUAACCAGUGAGGGUGGUUCUGUGUGCUUGGGAGUUGCCAUUUUCUGUACUGUAAUGUGUUUUUUUGGGGUUCAUAACGAGUUGUCCAAACCUUUUGUCUUGUUUUGUUUCUUCUUGUCCCUCCCUCCCCCCCUUUCCCUUCUCCUAUUGUUCCCCCCCUACAGGCUGUGCGUUUGUCACAUUUGCUACCAGGGCAAUGGCACAGAAUGCAAUCAAAACCAUGCAUCACUCUCAGACUAUGGAGGUACUGUACCCCUUAGCACCUAUUUCUCAUUUUUCCCCUUCCCCUCUCAUACAUUCUGCUGCCCCCUUGUGUUGGAAAGAGAGAAGAACCUGCCUUAGCAGAUGGCAUCCAUUCAUCAAAGAGCAUGAGCCAUUUCCAAAACCACUCUUGCCAAUUACAAAAUUACAUUAUUGCCUGCAAAAUAAUUGAAUAAACUUGAAAUAUGGCCUUUCAUAAAGCUACCGAGUCAGGAGAUAACAGGACACGAGGAAUUGCUGUCAUCUCAUAUUUUGGGCUGAACUAAAUAAAUCUCUGUCUCGAUGAUGAUGAUCAUAUGUUGUAGCUAAGUCGCUCCCUUCUGCCAUUAUCGAUCUAUAUUCUUGACCACAAGAACAAGAGUCUACUGGAUCAAAUUUAGGUUAAUGAUGAAUUAACCUAGACUGGAGCGGCAAGCUUCCCUGAGAGAGUUCUACAAAAACUGGGUCCAUGUCAUUGUGUAGCUGGUGGUGUCUUAGUGGAAGUGGAGCAGCGGUAAUUUGACAGCUAGCAGGUCAGAGGCUCCCUAGUGAAGCAUCAGACCAAGUCUAAUUAGCAGCCCAACCAAACAUAACACUCGUCGUACCAGAACGCAGGCCCCAGCACUGGUGCUUCCUAUUUACCCUGCCGUCACAACCUCCAAAACCCCUCAGCUGCCAAGGGAGGUGCUGCUGGUGCAGAAGCCAUUUUCCCUGUCCAGCCUGGUCCCUGUCUGGCUCUCAACUCUCAAGAGAUAUUUGCACCGCAUGCCUCAUGUUCACGCGUCUGUCUGAACAGUAUGUGACUGUUUGUGAGAUUGUGUGUGUGUGUGUGUGUGUAUGAGGCAUUGCAUUUUUUCUUGUUGAUGUCUGCUGACAUAUCUCCAUUUGAAUGUCACGUUUUAAGUGUUGUCUCCAUCUUCUGUCUGCUUGUCUGUGGACUCCAUUCGGCUCCUCAGAGUGCUAAACAAAUUCACUGUCUGCAGCAUUAUCCUGUGCCCCUCUCUGGAAUGUGGCCUGGCUCAGCUAUGCAUGGCAGUUGUCCUCUGUGUUAGCUUUGAUAUGAAUGCAACAGGAACAAAGAACAAAUGUCUUGAGGCAUAGAUGAUACCCCUCUUUCAAAAAAAAUUCCUAGCAAUGGCUUUGUCCUUGAAGUGGCAGAUAAACUUGGAAACGUUGUCUGGGUUUGCAUUGUCCUGACGUCUCUGACCUCUCCUCCGCUCCAGGGCUGUUCCUCACCUUUGGUGGUGAAGUUUGCAGACACACAGAGAGAUAAGGAGCAGCGGCGCUUGCAGCAGCAGCUAGUACAGCAGAUUCAGCAGCUCAAUAGCGCCUCCACUUGGGGAAACCUGGCUGGCCUUGGGACUCUCACACCGCAGUACCUGGCAGUAAGUGUUUCUCAAACACGUCGAUCCGCUGGUUUGCUUUAGUACUUAUUUAUUAUCAUAAGGUUCAGCCUCUGCAAACUGUGUGGAGAAUUGGUUUUGGCCUUGGGAAGCAUCCAAGUCCCUGUACAAACAGACCAACUAGUCUUAAUACAAACAUUAAAUGUUGUAGAAGCAGGUUUUGCUCUCUUUGUUAAAUGAGGCCAGUGAUGGCUAUAGAUGGGAAAGCAGCUGCCAUUUAAUUUAUACAAUAUACAGCUUUUUAGCACUCAAAAGUAUGAAAGGGGAAUGGAAGCUCUGAUUAAAAUAUCAAUAGAAUGAACCUGCUGCAGUACAGAUGGUUUUAAAAGGUGUUUCAUAAAUUCAAACAAAGUUUGAUGAUAAUUUGAUAGAGCAGGAUGUUUAAGUUUAACUAUAAACCAGUUCUCUGAGCUGCCAACAAGAACAUGUAGUGUUAGGGGCUCUGGCUUUGGGACACCGGCAUGUGACGUGCACAUGCUGCUCUGAUUAUGAGCCAACAAGCAAAGGACUUAGAAUAAGGAUACAGAGUCUGUUGGUAAAUGUUUCUGAGCAAAGUAGGUUACAGUAGCAUCAUGUUGAGGUUUGAAUGUUGUAAACGCAAAGAAAAAGAAGGAAUAUUUCAUUUGGUGACAUCUCGAUGAACCUGUCCUUAUGCAGAAUUCACUCUGCCUCAUCAAUGCGCCCCUGGCUAGAGCCUGGUUUAUAGUUAAGCACUGACUCUACGCUACAGCUCCGCCAUAAUGGCCUAUGCCAUUAAAACCGUGUAAGCUCAGAUCAUAAUGAAAUUGGCCCUUUUUUUUAACCCGUCCUUGCGUUUUGGUGUAACUAUGAAUAAUGAAUUCUCUUAACUGUCUUUGGUUUAAGCAAACAGCAAAAGAAAUAGAACGUCUGUACUUGACCAAACAUCCUGUGCUGUAUGACAACUUUAUCUUAGAAUAAAAAUGAGGUCACCAUGGUUUGCUUCUUGCCCAGGAAAACAAAGACAUUGUCUUAAACAGCCAGAUCAAAAAAAGUGAAAUUUAAAUAUUUGAUCUUGAUUCCAGAAACUUCUAGAGGAAUUUGGCAUGAUACAUUUUUAAAUGAUGAGAUUGUAGUAUACUACCUAGAUUAGACAUUAGGUUAGAUAAAAGGAAAUUAAGAAUUGACAAAGUUUGUUCUAUACAAUACAAUAUACACAACAUAAAUAGAAAAAUAGUUGUGAAAUCAGACUCUCAGCUCAAGAAUUGUAAAGGUGUGUGUGUCCUAAUUCUAAUCCAUUUCUCUUCUUGUUCCCAACAGCUGCUCCAGCAGGCCACAUCUACCAGUAACCAGGGCAGUUUCAACGGUAUUCAGAGGCUAGGAGGUGAGAUCUUCCCUUCACAUGUUGAGACCAAUGUUCACAGCUCACCCUGUAUAAAUGAACAAGCCGGCGCUUUUCAUGUUAACAAACCUUGUGACUCAGUGCACGCCUACGUGGUUUUUACUGCAGUAAACCACAUUGCUCCUGGAGAUCAGUGAAGCUGUAAUAGUUGGCCGUUAUUCUCGGUCUUUUCAGGCUACUGGAGGGCAAACACACGGCACAUGACUAUGACUUCAUAAAAUGAAAGAGACCUGUGAAAACAGAUCAAUGUUGAUUUUAAGAACGAGCAGACUCCAUAACUACAGUGAGGCUGGUUUUGUGUAUUGAAGUGUAAUUUCUAGGCGUGUACCACAUUGUCUGCAUCAUUUAACACAUACCUCUUAGUACCGUGACCAUCUGCAUAGAUAUAAGUUUGAACAAGAAAAAGAUGGCGCUUCAAGGGAUGAAUAUAAUGAAAGUUGUUUUUUAAGCAUGUACCGGAUGUGACAUUGAUUGCGAGAAUACCACAUAGAAACCAGGAGGUGUGUUAUAGGCGAGCGUGUGUAGUCCUGAAAAAACACUUUACCUUGAACUUUGAAGGUGUUUUCUGUCCAAGUUUGUCUCUUCUUGUUGUAAGUCAUUGAUAAUCACCUCUGUCUCUGUUCUUCCUGCAGGUGUGAAUCCCCUACAGCUGCAGAACUUGGCCACAUUAGCUGCUGCUGCGGCUGCAGCUCAGAGUUCUGGCAGCCCGACCUCCACCAGCGCUCUCUCUACAAACAGUGCAGCCCUGGGAGCCUUGGCCAGUCCUGGUAAUUAAAAAAACAGCAUGAUCCACAUUUUUAGGAUGUGAAUGUACUUCACAUGGAGUAUGAAACAUCGAGGAAGUUGCUCAGGUUGUCAAUGAUCACAGUUCUGAUGACUUUUUGAGGUUAUCUUUAAGUAGAACUCAAAUGGAAGUCAGAGCUUAAAUGAGUGUACAUACAUUCUCCCAGCUAGUCCUCCUGCUGCUGUGAUGGUACUAACUGCUUAAAACUCCCUCACUCGCUAUCUGCAUAACAGCCCUCAGCCAUUCCUCAUUUAUUUUAUGGGAGUUAAUCACCCUCAUAUAAAAUUUUAUGAGAGCCCCCAUUUCCCUUUAAUCUGUGUAAAUAUACAUUGGCUCCGUCUGCCUGAUUUUAGCAUAUUGCUGCUGCGGUAAUGACCUCUUCUCGUUAGGAGACAGAUUUUUAACUGCCCCCUCUCUGCUGUGUCAUCCUCUCAUAACCAUAACAAUUUGUGGUUAAGGUGCCAGGCACUUAGAUAGAUAUAGGACAUUUUAUAUAAAAAGAAAGCCCCCUCUGUGGUAACCCAUAUGCUCUUUUUUUUUUCCCUUGUGCUCCUGAACAGCCGGUUCAACAGCAGGGUCUAGUGCGGGUGCUGCCAUGAACACCUUGGCAUCUCUGGGCACUCUGCAGGGUCUCACAGGAACCUCUGUGGGCCUCAACCUCAACGCUCUCACCAGCAGCGUCAGUGGUAAGGGCGUCCUUUUCAAUUGACCAGCAUAAGCUAAACUUGUUAGCUUGUGUCAUUUACUUAACACUUUUUAAGAUGUAUUCAUGCAUCAACAUAUUUGUCACUGAGGUUUGACUUUGCAAUUGUUAAACUGGAAUUCAUGAUGUCCUGGACUUCAUUGUUCAAUCCUUUGUUUUAAGGAAGAUUAUAAGAAACUCGUAGCAUUAUAGAACAUCACUUACUUUGAACACGACACAGGGCUCGACAGUGCGACCAGUGCGAAUUGUAAAAUGUAGUUAAGGGCACAUGUGCGCAUAAAAAAAAUACUGCGGUGAAGUUAGUUUUAGGUUGGAUAUUCGAUGGACAUUCACGGCGGAUCUACCUGUGUCUUCUCACUCUUCAUAACCGGUAAUAGCAACAGCAGCAGCAUCCUGGCUGUCAGGGUGUUGAAUAAGGGACCAUCAAUAAAUUAGUGGUUGAGGUUCUCAAAGAAAGGCUGUUUUCCUUUAAUAGCUUCCAUGUCAUGUGACCAAUUGACCUAAAAUUGGUUUCAAAUAAUAAUACUUAUAUCGACCAAUAAAACACACCUCUUUAUUUCCCUAAUUUGUCCUCAUACAUUUUUUGUGUUAAAUUUAAAGGCAAAUUUUAAACAUUUUCUUCAAUAGCUUCCAUGUCAUGUGACCAAAAGACCUAAAAUUAAUUUCAAAUAAUAAUACUUAUGUCAACCAAUAAGACACACAUUAUUUGAUCAAUUUUCACCCUGAAGUUCUUCAUGUGCUUCUUACCUUUUCGAUUGAGGAGCAGAUGCGCUCCUUGUGAGAAAAGUUAGUGUCAAGCCCUGUGACAUAAUUUUAUUUUAACAACUCUUGGGAGGUUUGAAUAAAAACGAUUCCUCAUUUUUGUAAAAGUAGAGUAUUUGUACUAGAUUGCAUAAUAUAGCUUAGUGCACUUAACACUGAGGUGGCAAACAAAAGGCUGCUUUUAAAAGUGUGAUUUUCUCCCCCCCUGGUGGUCUUAAAUAUGAACUGCAGCUUUAAAUUGACUGGGCACACAACCCAUGAAUAAAUCUCAAUCUCUUUCUGUGCCAUAGGGAUGGGGGGUAUGAAUGGAGGUUUAGGAGCCUCCAUGGCCAAUGGAUCAGCAGCCAGCUCCAUGGAUGCUCUGACCCAGGCCUACUCAGGUAUGCAGCAGUACACAGCCUCUGCCCUGCCCUCCCUCUAUGGCCAGUCUCUCCUGCAGCAGAGCAUUGCUGGCAGUCAGAAGGAAGGUGAGAAGUUCCCCAGCACACAAAAACACACCUUUGCAUCACAUCUUCAAAUUUAUCUUGUUUUUUAUUCUUGUAUUUUUUCGCCUCAUUUCAUCCCAGCUUUCUUUGUUGUUCAUAGAAAAACAUACUACAUUUGUCUAACUUGAGUUUAUGAUUUUCUUACCAAAUGGAGUAGGGCCAGAGGGCGCCAACCUGUUCAUCUACCACCUGCCCCAGGAGUUUGGGGACCAGGAUCUUCUGCAGAUGUUUAUGCCUUUUGGAAAUGUGGUCUCUGCCAAAGUCUUCAUCGACAAACAGACCAAUCUGAGCAAGUGCUUCGGUAAGUGUGUUAGCGCUUUCAGUCUUUUUACGCCUUCUGCUGUGUAGUUAACACAGAUGCCCUAGUGAGACCCUGGCCUCUAUUUGAUAUUGAACAGAACUAACUGCGAGCAACACAACAGGAAAAACACAAUUACCGUAUUUUUCGGACUAUAAGGCACACUUAAAAUCCUUAAAUUUUCUCAAAAAUUGACAGUGCGCCUUAAAAUCCAGCGCACCUUAUGUAUGAUUACUUGUUGUGCUUACUGAUCGAUUUUAUGUGGUACAAUGCGCUCAAAAAUCUGUCAGUGUUUAAGUACGACUUCAGGAAGUAACAAAGCCGCUCCGCUCAAUGGAUAUUCAGAGCAUUACGGUAACUGUCGUCUGAACAGCCAAGUACCAGUAACAGCAACGAGACUGUCUCAGAUAAUGACGAGUUGGAUCUGGGCAUGCUUGAUGCCGAAACUGCACAGCUGUUUAACUCAGACACUGAAGAUGAAGAAUUUGAUGGAUUUGUGGAAGAGGAAUUAAUCAAUAAGUGAGCGUAUUUUUCUGUACCGGUAUUUGUUAUUAGAACAAAUUAAAUAAGUUUGAUUUACUGGACUGUGUCGUUUUGCUUAAUGCGCCUUGCAAUCUGGUGCGUCUUAUGUGUGAACAUAGACACGUUAAUUUGUAGUGCGCCUUAUAAUCCGGUAAGCCUUAUGGCCUAUAAAAUACGGUAUUUCCGUGAAACAUAAAAUAGGCAACCAAAAUUCUCCAAACUCUUCUUAGUUUACAAAGAAACACUUAAUAGUCUUUUUUAAAGAAAUCAAUUAUUCUAAGGGAUAUUAUUUUGUGGAAAAUUGUCUUUUUUUCUAGUUUCAGUCAGUAUUUAUUGUAGUUGCUUUUCUUCCUAUAAAGUAACCAGAAAAAUCUGUUGUCCCUUCUUGUGUCCUUGAAGUAAAUGGUUAUGUGACUCUAAUGUCAGUCUGGGCAGCUCCUCCUACAAGAAACACUAAAAUAGAUAUCAGCUCGCAGUGGUGUGAAGGGGUCUAUUUUUUCUGUUUGAUUGCUACAUAAGAAAAUAGUUCACCUUCCACUGUUUGUCUGGUUUUCCAAAUUUUACAUAUGAACCAUUGUUGCACAUGAAACUGUAAUAUGGAAGGUAUCUUGAUUCGUUUCGUAAACCUUGAGAGAGAACGAGGGGUUAUUUUAUUGACUGAGUAUCCUCCUCGUUUCAGGGUUCGUCAGCUACGACAAUCCUGUGUCUGCCCAAGCUGCCAUCCAGGCCAUGAAUGGGUUUCAGAUCGGAAUGAAGAGGCUGAAGGUUCAGCUGAAGCGCUCCAAGAAUGACAGCAAACCCUACUGAUCCUAGCCCUGGGGCCUCCCCCCUCCCCAGCUCUAAUGCUAGCACUGCUAGGGUAAGUUCACCCUCCAGCCAAGGUCAACACAGCAGAGACUCAGGUGGGGGGGCAGGGGGAAAGGAGCCCACAACAGGAGGGAGCCUUCCUGAAAAAGACAAAAAAGUGGUUGCAAUGAUCUUUUUCCACAUUUUUGCUGUAUUUCAUUCCUGCGGUUUUCUCAUGUAAUUUGAGUCGGAUUAAAUAUUUUAAUGUAUAUGAUUAUUUAUGACUAUCACUGGAGUCAGUGUUCGCUGGAGGUAUUUCGUGUCACUGUUUGGUAGUGGAGAGCAUCAGGUGUGUUUCCAUACCAUUUCAUUGCCUUCAGGUCAAGUGAGGAAGGUUGACUAAGGAUCAUCUGUUGUGUUGAAGGGCUGCAGCCAGGCCGGGUCGACCCUGAGCCCUGAGCUUCAACCUGCAUUUGGCUUCUUCCAUGUCGUCUGUCUCGUUCGUUUCCCAUCCUUCAAUGUGAAAAUCUUUUGCACUCUUAAAUCUUUCGACCUUUGCUCCCCCUCCAUCUCACCCCUCACUGACUCCCACUCGAUCUCUUUGUCAUUACGUAAGCCAUGUCCAGCUAGGCUACCUCUCUCUCUUUUUCUCUGUUAACAACCUCUUCAAGUCCAUUCCAUCCAUCCUCCAAGUCUCCCAUAAAGGGACUGGUUCUAGAUGGAUCUCUCUGGGUGCCAAGUACAACGUUUUUGCAUGUCGGAGUCUCUGCCAUAUGUCCUGGUGGCGUCACUUUCCUUAAAUCUGUGUAUCGUUUUUGUGUGUCGGGAAGAGAGAAAGGGGGGGAAAUGUUUAUCACGCUGUCCUUACUGUAUGUGGUGAUUUGUUUUUGUUGUUUUUUGUGCCUCAUGGCUAAACGAUUCUUGUGCUGUGCCCCUAACUUUCUCUUCUCUCCUCUUUGUCUUCUCUCUCUCUGUGUCUCUCUCUCUCUGUCUCUUCCUUUCACGUUUUUGUUCCUUUUUAGAACAAAUCUCCAUGCCUGUUUGCUCAUCAUUAGCCUAGCAUGUCUUCAUGAUGUUGAAAGCCAAGCCAAACUCCUGGCCUCAUCAUCCCACCAUUGUCUGUGAUGUCUCUCUAAGCUCGCCUGACCAAUACCUGGCCACCCACUGACCCUUGACCUUAGCUCAACCUGAUUUUUCUGCAUGUAUAUUUUCUUUUGUGUUUUUUUGUUUUUUUCUUCUGUAUAGAAAUGUGACAGGUGGGAGAGAGGUCAAGCAAAUCAAUGUGAAAACUUACCUGCGUUGAAUUCAUUUAAGAGACCUUUUUGGUUUUUUUUUGUUUUUUUUUGCGAAUGUUUUAAAAACCUGUGGGAUUUCUUAUUUUUAACUAAGCUUCAUUUUUUAUGUUGCUUUCUUUUUACCUCUCUCAGUAAAGUUCACUUGAAAGUUGAAUACAGGGAUCGGCACACAGCUGUGCUAUUUGGUGCCAUUAGCAAUAUGGUGGCUUCUUAAGAAGAAAAAAAAAAAAACUAGACCACUUUCCAACACUUUUGAAAGUCUGACCAGUAAAAGCCCUCUCUCAGUGCUCUGUAAUGAUCUCUACAUUUUGCGGGCAGUGUGAAGAUUUACACCAAGGCUAUUUAAAAACAUAUUUUCUUUUCAUUUAGGAAAAUAUCCAGUGUAUUAACUUUUUUUGAACUAUUGAUGGCACAAUAAAAGGUACAUUUGCUCUGUUGAGAGGAAUGACUACCUACAUGAGUCAACUUUUUUAGAACUGAUUCACAAAUAGACAAUCUGUGGUUUAAAUGCACACUUAGAUUACCUAUAUUUUAUACCAUUGAAUCUAUAGAAUUUAACUAACAGAACCCAGGCAAAACUUUGGGUUUUUUGUAGAUUAUGUUGUAAUGUCAUCUGUGUGUUUGGGGGGGAGGGGUCUUCAGUGUACUGCAUUUUUAAAGAGGACUAAAAUUCAGUUUGAUCAAUGUGACCGCAUUUCUAGUCAACUAAAAACACACUUUAAGUCCAAAAUUUCCUCAGCAUUAAUUGUAAUUUAAAGUUCUUGUUUGAAAAAAAAAAAAACGUACAUUUUCUUAUACGGUCACAGUGUGUAGACUUUUAUUUCCUGUGUUAAAGAAAAUUUAGUGUUCAAUUCCACGGUACGUCUCGUAGACUUUCUGUGAAUUUCUCAUUAAUUAUUUCAUUAAUGGAUGUUUCACUUUGGUUAGGUUUGGAUGCCUCAUGUUGAAAGAUGACGACUUACAAUGUCUGUUAAUCAUACAGAUGCCAGACAAUGUCUCUUUGUUUUAUUUUGCUGUUAAAAGUGCCCAUGUGUCAAACUCAGUGUUUUUUUUUCUUUUGAAUUCACAUGAGAUAGUUUCCUGUAAUGUUAACCUAGUUUUCUCUACACACACAGACACACACACACACUCACAGUACACAACAGCACACUUUUUGUGAUUACAAAUGUGGGAGCCCCUGAAGAAGAGAUCUUGGACACACGACACACAGUCUGUGGGUCUCUGCACAUUUUAUAGACACACUCACGAUGCUUUUUUUUAUGUUUCGCUGAUUGUUCUUUUUAAGUGACUUCCAAUUUCAUGUUUCAGUCGUACACGAUGCACAGCACAUUGAUACUACUAAAAUCACCACAACAGUGUUGGUUUACAAAUACAUUCCAUUUUUCAGCACAAAGUUUACACUUUUUUUUAACGGGGUGGUAUUUUGUCUGUUUGUACUACAAAAUAAAAACCACUUCACCCCCCCUCACCCCUAAAAACUGCAUACCUGAUGGCGCUAAAGAGUUGUCAACUCAGGGGCUUUUUUGUGUGUGAAACUCGACACUCACACGGGAUUAUGACACAAUGCACAAUUGUCACCAUUUGACCUUUUCUGUUUGGAUCUGUUUUUUUUUUUUUUCUUCUUCUUCUUUUUCUCAAAAUACAUAUAAAUAUUCCAAAAAAAUGAAAAGAAUAAAAAACAAAAAAGGUACCAAAUUUGAAACAGUGCUGGAGGAAAGUUGUGGUUUUGUAAGAGAAACGUUAAGCACAAUUGUGGGAGCUAAUCACUUUUGCAGAAUGUUGUGUGUGAUUUCUAAUCCCAAAACUUGCAAGGUACCACUGAUUUCACUUUGUAAUACGGGCAUGUGCUUUUUACAGUGUGUUUUUUCUAUCCAAAUGCAAUACAAUAUUCAAAGUGCCAUAUAUACGUCUAGAAACUGCCUACACAUCCUUAUUAGGCCUUGGUUUAGAGAUUGCUGCAGUUAGCCUUUUUUUGUCUAUUUAUGCCAGUGUCAUGAAAGCUCUUGUCACCUGCUCAUGUCCCCCCUUCUUCCCCUCCCACUUUGUGUGUUGACUUUUUGGUAAAUGUGUAUUGUGAUGUACUCAAUUUGAACAAUUGUUUAAAUAAAUUGUAGAUAAACAAUAAACUUCCCUAUACAUUUGAAGGUUAAACCUCUUUCUUAGUGUGAACACGUGACCCGUAACACUUCGCUAUACAAACCGAUGGUUGAUCUGACGUGUUUGGGAAAUUUACUCAAAAGUUGCGAAGACGCUCAAGUACAGAGAGACGGCUUGGGCGCCAUGUUCGUAAGAUCGUUUAAAAAAAACUGUCUAAACACUGAAAUGAGUGUUGAUCUGGGAGGAUGUGUAUGGUGAAGUGUUACUGUGAAUGAAAGAAAAAAAAAAAGCACAAUGUACAGUCCACAGUGGUCCCAACAGGAACUUGACUCACUUCAGGGGCUUCCAUCACAAAUCCUGUUCAAGCUCUAACAAUCACUUUCUCUGUUCUGUGUUUUUCAUAUUCUUGAAGUGCUAUUUUUUGACUGUGUGGUAGCUUUGCAUCUCUAUAGAUAUUGUCUUGAUCCAAAACAAAAGUGAGGAGAGGAAAAAAAAAUCUCGUGUUAUUUUCUUGUCUGAUAAUCGGUAGGACUUUGUUCAUGUUCCACCAAUAAUUUAAUUGAUGUUUUCCUUGUCUUGAAAGCCAAAGUGGGUGCAUCUUGAUGUGAUCUGUAUUUUACAUACAGUAGUUAUUUUCUUCUGUUCAGGCAAUAUUUUUUUGAAACUGGGUGGGCUUUGAAAAAGGAAAAAAAAAAGAAAAAAAAAAAACAGGCUUUCCAAUUUCUACAACUGGUUGUUCAUAUGUAUUUUGUACCAGUGGAGCUUUUUAUAUUGGAAAUUAAAGAAAAAAAAUCUAUAUUGGAAAAAAAUUGUCUGGCCUCUCAAUGUGGCCUCGCCAUGACCAGGUCUUGAGUUUGGCCUCUUGGUGGUGUCAAGCAAUUUUUUUUUGGUUGUUGUUUUUUGUUUGUGUCUCGAAAAGAUGCCUGAUUUUGAUUUCUCUACAUGUUCCUCACUUUGUUGAUCAGUUUCUUUUUCGGGGAGGGGGGUUGGGAUCCUCUAAAAUCGUGGUAAGUUUCAUGUUAGUAUUUGUGCUGUCCACAACAUAGUUUAAUGGUCAUCAGGAUUUCAACAACUUGUGUGGAUAAUUGUCUUAGUUAAGAGUUAACUCUCUGUUUAGUUUGAGCCUUGCUUUUUACCUGUGUAAACUUUUUUUGUUCCUUUUUUUCCCCCAUAGCGGAGUGUGAAGCUGAAAGACUCUAUGUUCUUUUUUGGUCAAUGUUUGUUCAUGUGUGGUGUGUUUCUUUGCCUCUGUCUCCAAAUUAAACCAUAUCCCCUAAUAU